CUGGGGGGGUGUCCGGGGCCGGCUGAGGGUCCUCGGAGCCGGCUGAGGGGUCCCUGGGGCCUCUGAGGAGUCCGCGGGGCCGGCUUUGGAGUGCCAGGAACCGGCAAGGCCGGGGGGGCUGGAGCCCCCACACUGACCCCCUGGACCCUCCCAGCCUGACCCCUGGGACGCCUGAGAGAUCUCCCACCUCCCUGACUCCUGGGUCUCCUGGGUUCUUCCCUAGAACUGCCCUGGACCCUCAGCUUGGGUAUGCCCAGAACCGGCGGGUCUGGGGGCCUGGGAACCCCCCACCAUGGGGACCCCCUCUCUGACCCCCAGGUCCCCUCUGAGACCCAUCCCCAGGACCCCCAUGGACCUCCACUGAGACUCCCGCACUGUCCUUGACCCCUCCACCCUGACCUUUGAAUUACGUGUGGGAUCCCUCCCCAGGACCCUCCUUGUGCCCCCACCCUGGGCGUGCCUGCACCUGGCAGCACCAGUGCCCUGGGGACCCCCACUGUGACCCCCACUGUGACCCCUGUGCCUCCCCCGCGAUCCCCACACUGACCUCCUGGACUUCUCCACCACUCCUUGGACUCCCGUCUUUGGUGUGGCUGGAACCAGUGGGAUCAGGGGUCUGGGACGUCCACCCUGACCCCUGGACCCCUUCACCCUGACCCCCGGGGCACUUCAGGGACCUCUCCUCAGGACCCCUCUGGACCUCCAACCUGCGAGUCUCCGGAGCUGGCAGGGCUGGGGGCCUGGGAUCCCCACUGUGACUCCUGGCACCCCUCUGAGACCCCCAUAUUGAUGCCCUGGACCCUUCCACCCCUUCCCAGGACCCCCCUGGUCCCCCAGCCUGGGGCUGCCCAGAAGUGGUGGGGCCAGGGCUGGGUGCCUGGGAUCCCACCAUGGAGACUGACCCCAGAGUGUCCCCUGGGAGUCCCCCUAUGACCUCUGAGACCUCUACCAUGACCCCAUUGACCCCUCCCCCCUGACUCCUGGGUCACCUCAGGGUCCCCUCCCCAGUGGGAGUGUCCAGAACUGGCAGGACCAGGGGCCAGGGACCCCCAGUGUGACCCCUGGGACCCCUUCACCCUUCCCAGGAUCCCCCUGGACCCCUUCUAUGACCCCUGGUACCGUCACACUGACUCCCAGGACCCCUCUGGACCCCCCCCCCCCCACUGACCCACUAGACUCUUCCACCCUUCCCAGGACCCCCCUGGAUCCCCACCCUGUGGGUGUCCAGAACCAGCAAGGGCUGGGGAUGCACUGAGGCUUGCCUGGGGAGGGAGUGGGACCCUAUUUAGGGUACAGGAGAAGGAGGGGGGGGCUUUUUGGAGCCUGUGGCGGCUUAGGGAUGACCACGGACACAGAGUUCCAUGGAAUCCUGGAAUGAUUUGAAUUGGAAAUGACCUUAAAUCCCAUCUUGCACUGGAAGGGGUUGUUCCAAGCCCCAUCCAACCUGGAACACUUCCAGGGAUAGGGCAGCCACAGGUUUUCUGGGCAACGCUGGAGCUGAGCUGUCCCUCCCGCUCCAGGGAAACACAUCCAGGACUCCCUGCUCCCGGUCCAACAGCCUUUCUGCCCACAAUGCUGAAGGCAGGGUGGAUGGAAAGGCCAGUGGUCCAGGAGCACGCGUCCAAUGCGGGAUCUCACUCUGUUUUGAUCGCUGUCAGGAUCGCUGCACCCGGAAUUCCGAGCUCCGGCUCAAAGGAACCGGGAAGUCCCUGUGUCUCCUGCCACUUCCUCCCGCUGGAAUAAUUCAGCGGUUCCUGCCCAGCCCCUCGUGUGCCACCUCUCCCUUCCUGGCUUCCUUUUGCCUCUUUGGGAAAGGAGGAGCAGCAGGGGAGGCUGCAGGCCUGGCAGGACGGGCUUUUCCUGCUUUUCCCUUUGCUGCAGUGGAAUUUCAGGACAGGAUUCCUUGCUCCUGAUUAAAGGUUUCCGCUGCUGAGUGACCUGAGAUGAGCUGGGAGCAAGGGACAGACUGAGCUGGGGGUUCCGUGGCUGGGAAUGGGAAAGCCAGGGGUGGGCAAACUGAGGCUGUGGAAGCUGGGAGUGGGGAAACUGAGGCAGGGGAAGCUGGGAAUAGGGAAACUCAGGCUUUGGAAGCUGGGAAUAGGGAAACUGUGAAUAGGGAAACUGAGGCCAAGGAAGCUGUGGAGAGGAAAACAGGAUGUGGAAGCUGUGGAUGGAUAGGGAAACUGAAGUUGUAGAAGCCGUGGGUGGAUGGGGAAACUGAGGCUGUGGAGCUCAUCCCUGAGGAGUUAGAAACUCUGGAGUUGGGAGUUUUUGUUAAAAACGCCUCGUCAGAGCCCGCGGGUCGUUAAUAAUUCACAGGGAGCGUCUGGAUCCCACGGGGCCGGAGCGUGUCUGUCUGUCUGCACGCAGGGAUGCGCCGGCUCCGCGGGAUGCUCCAAAUGGAGCUGGCAGCUCGGCUCGGGAAGCAUGCUGAUAGGAUUUUAAAAGCCUGAAUGACCUUAAAUCCUGCGAUGGCUGUCGCUCAGGAUAAAUUAUUUAUGUAGCAUCCUCAGCUCCUCGGGAGCGGGCAGGAAUGUCAGGCUGCGGAGGACAGGCUCGGAAUUUGGGAGGGGGUAACGAGGAACUGCGGGUUUGGAUGGGAAGAGAGGGAAGAUAAAGGCGCGGGGGCGGGUGUUGGAGAGGUCCAGCCUUGGAAGUCGUUCCCAAACCGGUGCGGCCGCAUUUCUGCACCGACAUCAGAGGGUGGAAAUUCCUCUUGAUCUGCAGUUCAAAGCCUCCCUGAGGAUGAGGCGCUGCAGCUCGGGCUUGCAAAUGUGAAAUACAAAUCAGCCCGGAGCCCAAAUCCCCCUGAAAAGCGAGGAAAUAGGCGGCUGAAGGUCACUGCUGCUGCCUGUCCUGCUCCAGCAGCAAUCCCCCCGGGAUGAGGGCUGCUGCUGGGGAGGGUGUUUCAAUUCCCUCCACAGCAAACAGGGACUUGAAAAAUGCCUGGAAAAUGUGGCAUGUCUCCCUGGCCGGGCCGGAUCUGCCCAAUCUGGCUGCUUUUAGGGGACAAGGGGCAGCUGAAUGUCAGGUUCUUGGGAUUUAGUAGUGUUUUGGUCUCAGGGUUGACAGGGAAGUGCUGAUCCAAAACACCGCCGAGGGGUCUGUGGCCAUGGUGGGCUCCAGCCUGUGGAACAGCAGCUCUGAAGCAGCUUUCCAUAGGGUCACCUCAUCUCCUGACCUCUCCCUCCUCCCGUGGGACAUCUUUUCACACCUUGUUUUCCUCACUCUUUGCUCAGAGCUUUCCUAAGGUUUGGUUUGGAUUGGAAAAGCAAAGGCACUGUGUAAACCUGCCCCUCCUGCCUCAGCCCAGCUUUGAUCCGCUGGUGUCUCUGGAUUCAGCUCUUCCCAGCCACUUUCUCUGCGAGCACAGGGAGCUGCCACUACGGCAUAUGGAGCCCUCAGAGGCUCUGAUGUGUCUUGGUGAAAGGGUCCUGGUACGGAAGAACAAAGGAGAAGGAGCGCGGAGAAGUCAGAGCGUUGUUCACAGGGAUGGCUUCUGCCAGGCAUGAAGGGGUGCUGGGAGGAGAACUCCCCCCUUUUUUCUUUUCCUGGAGGAUUUAGCUCCUGUCUCCCUAAUCUGUAUCAGCUGGGUCUGUCUUCUUGCACAUGAAAGAUCCAGGCUGUAUUUCAAAGGCACCGUUCCCACCCGUGUGCUGAGUUCGGGGCCUCUUGAUUUUGGUUUUUCAAUGUGACCUUUGCUAUUAAUCCCCAGCCUGAACGGGGCCGUGCGCCGAAACGGAAUGACCUGUUUCUCGGGAAUUCAGCUCCAGUUUAUCCUCAAGCUGCUUUAGCUUAAACUCUUCCCUCCCUUCCUCUUGCUCUUCUAGGUCAGAGCCUGGAUCCCAGCACAGGUUUUGCUGUAAGGGCACCUUAGAGGGGAGACAGUGACUCGUGGUCUGUCUGUAGAAAUACCCCCUUGUCCUCCAGGUCCCUGUGGAUUGUCCCUGUGGAUUGUCCGGAGCCUGUCGCAGGGUGUCAGCAGGUCACACGGAGAGACCCCAGCAGUGCUGGCCUGGCACAGAUGGCACUGGAUGGUUUAUGCCAGCUGACAAACCCCUGUUUGUCUGUCUGUGAGAUGCAUCCCUGUCACAGGGGCCACCGAGGGAAGUGUCACCCUGGGAGUAACCAGCUGGCACAGGAGCAGAGCGGGGACACAAUGUGUGACGUUCCCGUGGGUCGGGAGCAGAGGUGGUGGCCCUGGCAUCAGUCCUGUGCUGGCUCAGGGCUGUGACACAUGAGCCCGAAUCAGGAGUCUCAUUACCCGACGCCUUCCUCAGCUGGAUCCUUGCUAAUUCCCUCUGGCAGCUGAUCCAGCACGGCUGGGGCUCUGCCCGGAGCCACUCGUGCCACCCCGGCCCUGCGAUCCCACUGCAGGUGGGAAGGAGCACAGGGAAAAGAGUUCCUGUUCCAACACGUCCGAGACGAGCACGCUCUGAGCCGUCUGUGAUCCUGCUCCAGUGGGAAAGGCACAGGCCAGAUGGGUUUGCUGGGCGUUGUUCCCGACUCUGGAGUGUCCGGAGGGAUCGAUGGACGUCGGCUCUUGGGUGCGAGGCCUUGAGCUUGGGCUGGGGUGAAGGAGCACCGUGUUUGUUAGGGGGAGGGCACUGGGAGUCUUGGGUGGCUUGGAAAAUGCGAGAAGAUAGAAGGAGGAAUGUCCUCCUGAUGAGGCUGUAGCUGAGGAGUUCUCACAGGGUAGAAGAGCUGAUUUUAAUUAAAGGGCAGUUCAGGCAUUUCUUUAUUUAUUUCCCUGAACCCCAGAGCGUGUGGUUUGCCUGAGGGCAGGGGAGCCGCUGCUGUGGCAGCCGUGCUGCUGCUCUGUGCUUCCCGUUCUCACACCUCGGGAAUGUCUGACAGAGGAUGGACCUGUGUCCUGUGGGAUUAGGAAGUUGUAGUUUAUCUAGCAGGAGAUGAGAAGGGAUCUGCUUGUUAGUACCUGGUACAAACCUGAGUCAUAAAGGAACUUUCCCUGCGGUGGGGGCUGUUCCCGUGCCCUCUGUCACCUGCCCUGGAGGUCAUGGCUUGGAAAUUGGAAGUUUCAGGUGUGAAACUGCCCUGUCCUUACCUCCUGUUGGUGGUGUGGUUCCCGUUAGUGACUAUGGAAUAGCUUUUCCUGUGGGAAAGACAUCCAUGGCCCAGAGAGGGACAUUUGUCCCCUGCCUCAGGGUCUGCCCCGAGUGCCUGGGACUCUCCUUGUGGUGAGCAAUGCCUCCAGUCAUCACAUUCCUGUUCCCUGAGCCUGUGCUGCAGGAUGGCCCUACCUGAGCGCUGCUGUCAGUGGCACGAGGGCCUGUGACCUCCCAGUGAUUCAGGCUCCUCUUCCUGUCCCUGCUCUCUCUGUGCUCUGUCUCCAGUGCCGACCAGAGCUGCCGGGCCCUGCAGAGCCCCGGGAGCUGUUCCAGGUGAGCCGUGGUGCCAGACAGGUUCGUUCUGGGCUUGUGAUGAGUUGGAGUGGAACGUUGCCAGAUCUAUGCUGGGAAAGCUGGUUUCCCUCAUUGCUUGGACAGCUUUGAGGGGGCUUUGGAGUCGUGGGGUGCAGAGAGCCUUCGGUGCUGGGGGGUUAUUGAUGUAGGAGACAAGAGGCUGGGAAGUUCGGGGAUGGGAGCCACAGGACAGUCAUGUGCUGCUCUGGCUGCCAUGGAGCUGGAGCCAUCUGGCAGAUUUGCCCUGGCCCUGGCUGGAGACACCAUGGGGCCACGUGCCAGUGCUGGCGGGCUACUGUCGCACUCCCAAGUGAGCAGCCUCCAGCUGCAGCUGGAGGAGCUGGAUGGAUGGUGCAGGAUCAGUUUGGCUGGGUUUUCUCUGCCGAGCGAGGUGGUUGUGUGAGACCUGUCCUAGGUUUUGGCUGCAGGCGCUGUGAGGGCUCUGGGCAUUUGGGGUGGGGAUGUGCUGCUUCCCACCUCUGGGACCUGCUGUUCCAGGGCGUUGGGACAACCUGGGAGAGCAGCUCCAGCUGCUCCUCUGCAUGAGCUCCAGGCACAGGGCACCAGCACAGUUCCCCGGGGCUGUGUUUCACCACCGGCUUUCCCCAUGUUCCCUGACCACUUCCUCCCUUCCCGCAGGCAUGAGUGCCCAGGCCUGCCCCCAGCACUGAGCAGCCGGAGCCGCCAGGAUGCCGAUCCCUCCUCCCCCGCCGCCGCCCCCCGGCCCCCCGCCACCCCCCACCCUCAGUCAGGCGAACACGGAGCCGCCGAAGCUGAGCCGAGAGGAGCAGCGGGGCCGCGGGGCCCUCCUGCAGGACAUCUGUAAGGGGACCAAGCUCAGGAAAGUGACCCAAAUCAAUGACCGGAGUGCACCCAUCCUGGAAAAGCCCAAGGGCGGCGGCAGCAGCAGCUACGGCUCCAGCUCAGCCGCCAUCCAGCCCAAGGGCGGCCUCUUCCAAGGCGGCGUUCCCAAGCUCAGACCUGUGGGAGCCAAGGACAGCUCAGACAGCUCCACUAAACAAACACUGCAAGUCCCUGGCGCCCGAGCAGCUGCCCCCAGGCCCCCCGUGCCGGCCAGCAACAGCCGCCCUCAGGACGAUGCCGACAGCAGCCGAGGGUCCCCACCGGAACUGCCGCGCACACAGAGGCCCUCCCUGCCUGACCUGUCCCGGCCCGGCACCGCUGGCGGCACCGGCAUGAAGCACAGCUCCUCGGCCCCGCCGCCCCCGCCGCCGGGACGCCGUGCCGCUGCCCCCCCGGCCCCCCCUCCAGCGCACGCCAAGGCCUCGCCCUACAACCGGGAGAAGCCGCUGCCGCCCACCCCAGGACAGCGCCUGCCUGGCAGCAGGGACGGCCCUCCCGCCCCGCCGCCCAUCAAACCCCCUCCCUCCCCAGUCAGUCUCCGGUCAGGGGCUCAGGGCCAGUCUCUUGCCCCUCCGCCUCCCCCUUACCGGCAACCCCCCGGUGUCCCCAACGGCCCUUCCAGCCCCAGCAGCGAGUCGGCCCCGGAGCUGCCGCAGAGACACAACUCCUUGCACAGGAAGGCGCCGGGCCCUUUGCGGGGUCUGGCACCGCCGCCGCCCACUGCUGCCUCCCCGUCCCUGCAGAGCAGCCGCCCCCCACCGCCGGCCAGAGACCCCCCAAGCCGUGGAGCAGCCCCCCCGCCCCCACCGCCGAUGCUGCGGAACGGAGGGCGCGAUGCCCCCCCGCCCCCACCCCCCUACAGACUGCACGGCCCCACCGAGCCCCCCAGCCGGGGGAAGCCCCCGCCGCCGCCCACCCGGACCCCGGCCGGGCCACCGCCGCCACCGCCGCCCGUGCGGAAUGGGCACCGGGACUCCAUCUCCACUGUCAGAGCAUUCCUGGAUGACUUUGAAUCCAAAUACUCCUUUCAUCCUGUCGAAGACUUCCCAGCCCCAGAGGAAUAUAAAUACUUCCAGAGAAUCUACCCCAGCAAAACAAACAGAGCUACGCGUGGGGCCCCCCCUCUGCCCCCCAUCCCCAGGUGAAACCGGACUGUGCAGGUGGAUUGUUCCAGAGCAGAGACAUGGACCUCCUUCCCCUUCCUCAGCC